GUUACUCACGCGUUACUCACGCCUCCGCCAGUCUCCGCCUGCGGCACACAUCCCUCGCGAGGCUCGCGUGUAACGGUGUUAACGGUGGUUAGGACGGUUUUCGCGCGGUUAACGGUCGUUAUUGGGCUGCGCGUUUAUUCCGUGCGCGCCGGUAACGCGGAUCUUACAGCUGCGGGCGACUCUUCUUCAGUAACCGCUUCGAGAGACCGCGACACUGAACACCCGCGAUCCUCUUCUUCAUCUUCAUCAGCAGCAGCAUCUUCAUCACGUCAAUCUUCCGUCGGUGUGUCGAGCAUGAACGACUGAAGCGGCGCGUAACGCUGUGUGUCAGCUCUGACCUUGAGUCGGUGUUGUGUUCUCGCUCGUGUCGGUCGCUCGGCCUGCAGCAGCGCUCCAUCAGAUUCUCUCUUAAAAUGCUCCAGCGUGUGACUCCUGACAUGUAAAUGGCGUCGAAGGUGCGUGAUGCUGUGCUCUGGUACCAGAAGAAGAUCGGUGCGUAUGACCAGCAGAUAUGGGAGAAAUCAGUGGAACAACGAGAGAUCAAGGGUCUGCGGAACAAACCAAAGAAGACCGGUCACGUGAAGCCGGACCUGAUUGAUGUGGAUCUGGUCAGAGGUUCUGCGUUUGCUAAAGCGAAGCCCGAGAGCCCGUGGACCUCUCUGACCCGGAAGGGCAUCGUCAGAGUGGUUUUCUUCCCCUUUUUCUUCCGCUGGUGGAUUCAGGUGACGUCGAGAGCUGUCUUCUACCUGCUGCUCUCUCUCUACCUGCUGCAGGUGCUGGCGGCCGUGUUGUUUUUCAGCAUCUCCAGUCCUCACAGCGUCCCCGUCACCGAGGUGUUUGGAGCCAUCUGGCUGAUGCUGCUGUUAGGAACCGUUCACUGCCAGAUCGUCUCCACACACACUCCUAAAGCCGGCGGCGGCGGCAGCGGGAAACGCCGCAGGAAGUUGAGGAAAGCGGCUCAUUUGGACAUUCAUAGAGAAGGCGACGGCUCUAGCACUACUGAUAACACACAGGAGGGGGCGCCGCAGGGCUCGCUGUCUGCCGGCUCACGCAGUCUCGUGGCUUUCUUCAAAGAUUUCUGGCAUGGUAUCUUUAAAGAGGGGUCUAAAAAGUCCAAGCUGUCCAUCGAUAAGUCUACAGAGACGGACAAUGGAUACGUGUCUCUGGACGGACGCAACACCAGCAAAAGCAGCGAGGAGGGUUUACAGCUGCAUGAUCCUCACUGCGACCUGCUGCGCUCCGAGACGCACUGGAGCCUCCAGCACAACAGACACCAGCUGAUCCUGCCGCCCACGGGCAAGUGUCUGUCUGAGGCUGCGGUUCCUCGCGCGGUGGAGAACAUGUCGGGUGAAGCGUCCAGUGAAGAAGACCCAGAGAACUACAGCGCCCUCCGCAGAGGAGUGGAGCGCAAGAACAGCGACUGCACGCUGCGCAACAGAAAAGCACACCACUACAAGAAGCACUACACUGCUGAGCAGGAGACGCUGAAGUCGGGCACCAGCUGCAGCUCGCGGUGCUCCAGCUCGCGGACGCAGGACUCUGAGAGCGCGCGGCACGAGUCUGAGACGGAGGAUGUUCUGUGGGAGGACUUCCUGCACUGCGCCGAGUGCCGCUCCUCCUGCAGCAGCGAAACAGACGCCGACGGAUCCGCAGCCUGUUCUGCCUCUAAGAAAGAGUUCAGAGAUGACCCGUUUCAUCAGGGUCACGUGCCGUGGCUCCACAGCUCUAAUCCGGGCCUGGAGCGCGUCAGCGCCAUCGUGUGGGAAGGAAACGAAUGCAAAAAAGCAGACAUGUCUGUGCUGGAAAUCAGCGGCAUGAUAAUGAACAGGGUCAAUCUGUACACUCCAGGCAUCGGCUAUCAGAUCUUGGGGAAUCUGGUGUCUGUGACGCUGGGUUUGACUCCAUUUGCGUACAGAUUGCUCCGGCUCUUUGUGCUGGAACAAUCUGUACGCAAAUGGAGUCAAACCCAGCGUCACAGACACCAGAUUCCCCAAGAUCUGAUAGCCGAUGCCUGGAGUGUACAGAUUGACCUGCGGGCGAGAGGAGGACGAGAUCAGGGCUUCAUGAAGUUGAGGAAAGCGGCUCAUUUGGACAUUCAUAGAGAAGGCGACGGCUCUAGCACUACUGAUAACACACAGGAGGGGGCGCCGCAGGGCUCGCUGUCUGCCGGCUCACGCAGUCUCGUGGCUUUCUUCAAAGAUUUCUGGCAUGGUAUCUUUAAAGAGGGGUCUAAAAAGUCCAAGCUGUCCAUCGAUAAGUCUACAGAGACGGACAAUGGAUACGUGUCUCUGGACGGACGCAACACCAGCAAAAGCAGCGAGGAGGGUUUACAGCUGCAUGAUCCUCACUGCGACCUGCUGCGCUCCGAGACGCACUGGAGCCUCCAGCACAACAGACACCAGCUGAUCCUGCCGCCCACGGGCAAGUGUCUGUCUGAGGCUGCGGUUCCUCGCGCGGUGGAGAACAUGUCGGGUGAAGCGUCCAGUGAAGAAGACCCAGAGAACUACAGCGCCCUCCGCAGAGGAGUGGAGCACAAGAACAGCGACUGUACGCUGCGCAACAGAAAAGCUCACCCCUACAAGAAGCAUUACACUGCUGAGGAGACGCUGAAGUCGGGCACCAGCUGCAGCUCGCGGACGCAGGACUCUGAGAGCGCGCGGCACGAGUCUGAGACGGAGGAUGUUCUGUGGGAGGACUUCCUGCACUGCGCCGAGUGCCGCUCCUCCUGCAGCAGCGAAACAGACGCCGACGGAUCCGCAGCCUGUUCUGCCUCUAAGAAAGAGUUCAGAGACGACCCGUUUCAUCAGGGUCACGUGCCGUGGCUCCACAGCUCUAAUCCGGGCCUGGAGCGCGUCAGCGCCAUCGUGUGGGAAGGAAACGAAUGCAAAAAAGCAGACAUGUCUGUGCUGGAAAUCAGCGGCAUGAUAAUGAACAGGGUCAAUCUGUACACUCCAGGCAUCGGCUAUCAGAUCUUGGGGAAUCUGGUGUCUGUGACGCUGGGUUUGACUCCGUUUGCGUACAGAUUGUUCCAGCACAAAGAGCCGGAGCAGCUGGCGUCUCUGUCGGCCGGUGAGCUGGUGUCUGUGGCCUUCGGCUCGUCCGCUGACGCUCUGGUGAUGGCGAUGGUGAGCGUGAGCUUCGUGGUGCGCGUCUGUCUCAUCUGGCUCUUCUUCUUCUUGCUCAGCGUCGCUGAGAGGACAUACAAGCAGCGGCUGCUGUUUGCGAAGUUGUUUGGUCACUUGACGUCGGCGCGGAGAGCCAGAAAAUCAGAGGUCCCUCAUUUCCGGCUGAAGAAGGUGCAGAACAUUAAGAUGUGGCUGUCGCUGCGCUCUUACCUGAAGCGUCGAGGUCCGCAGCGCUCGGUGGACGUGAUCGUCUCCUCUGCGUUUCUGCUCACGCUCUCGGUGGUCUUCAUCUGCUGCGCUCAGCUGCUUCACGUGCACGAGACGUUUCUGGAGUUUCACUAUAACUGGGAGCUGGUGAUCUGGUGCGCCUCGCUGUCGCUGUACCUGCUGAGAUUCGUCACGCUGGGCUCAGAAACCAGCAAGAAAUACAGCAACACCUCCAUCUUACUCACAGAACAGGUUAACUUGUACUUGAAAAUGGAAAAGAAACCAAAUAAGAAAGAAGAACUCACUCUGGUCAACAACGUCCUCAAACUGGCCACCAAAUUACUGAAGGAGUUGGACGCUCCGUUCCGUCUGUACGGUCUGACCAUGAAUCCUCUGCUGUAUAACAUCACUCAGGUGGUGAUUCUGUCGGCCGUGUCGGGGGUCAUCAGUGACCUGCUGGGCUUCAACCUGAAGCUGUGGAAGAUCAAAUCAUGACGGUGAAUCUGCAGUGAUUUCAGCUUCCCGAGGCGAUGCGCGUCUCAAACACACGGUGGCGCUGUUUCCCCUCGACGGCUUCCUGACAAUGAACUCUUGACCUGUUGUUCGGUCAUAGAGUGCUUGUGCAAUUCAGCUAUUUAUUUGACCCUUUCAGUGUUUUUUUUAUUCUGAAGUAUUUGUUUUAGCUGUUACAAUUGUUUUAAGUAUUAUUUUAGCUCCUGAUGUGACGUUCUCAUAGGAAAGAUAAUCCAGCGCAGUCUGAUCGGAGUUACUGAAACCAACAGAAAAGCCCCAUCAUGACGCGAUGAUCAUUGUGGAACGGAUGAAACUGACACACACACAACUGAAACUGCCGUUUUUACACGCGUGUGAGUUUCGUCAGUUGAUUUGCAGUUUUUCAGCUUUGUUUUCAUUCUCAGUAAUACGUGUCAGUGAGUUCAGAUGAACAUUAAUGCGUCUGAUCUCACACUGAUUCAGGAGCUUCACGUGUCGUCUGUGACCCACACACACUCCGUCGGUCUGUAAACACGUGUGCGUGUCAGUUAGCAAAGCCUCAAAGUGUGCACUUUAAAGCAGAAAAUGUUACAUGUUUCAGUCAGUCAACGGUUCAGUCUUGGUGUUUUGUACGUGACGUAACGACCAAAGUGUUUUUCUUUUUCCUUUGUCUGUUUGUUUGUUUUUUUUUGCUGGAGAUGAAUGUAUUCGACUCUCUGAACUCUGCUUUGUAAAGGGGACUGACAGUUACUUUUUGUUGUUGUUGUGAUGCUGUUUUAAGUUUUAUUCAUAUAGAUUCAUAUUUCUGUUCAUGGAGGGAAAAUGUUCUGUUACAAAGAAACACUAUUUAAAGAAAAAGAGAAACUGAAUGUCUCGUUCGCUUUUCAGAGAGAAUCUUGUGUUUCUAGUUUCUGUUUAUUAUUCAGACGUUUCUCUUCUCAGAUGAAGGUACAGCCAGCUUCACGGGAAUCUUGUGCUGGUGAAACUUAUAUUUCAACACGCUGUACAAAAUAAAUCUCUCAUGAAAA